CCCAGACCUGAGCCACCCACAUUUGCCUGGAGCCCCCGCCCCCCCCCCCCAAUUCACAACGUUCACAGACUAUUCUUAUUCUGAGAACACUGCCAGCUCCUGCCCAGUCCUCUACGACAUCCAGUGCUUCCUGCCCAAAGGCCCUGUCCUUAAGAACCACCACCACAAGGGCAAGACAUACUGCCUAUCUGAUCAUAGCAGCCUCCAGCCAAUGCUGCCACUCUUGCAGGCCAUGGCGCAGUGGUUUCGGGCUGGGGAAGUGGUGGGGCCCAGGACUGGAGGAGGCCUUUACACAGGCUUCCUGAGCAGCUGGCCUGACACUUCCCAGAUAAGCUUCCCUUGCACAGGUCCAGCAACAAAGGUUCAGAGCUCUGGGGUUGACUGCUACGUUCACUGGAACAAAGAGCCAAGCAGUCCCUGUCUGUUACCUCAGCAGGAGUGCAGGCCACUGAUGUAUCCAUGUGUCCAAUGUUCUGCCAGAGCAUAUACUGUUGACUUCAGCAGUGCGGAGGUACAAGAUACUGACUUGGGUCUGAUCCUGGAUGUACCUCCCAGUAGGAUGGCAGUUCCUCUGUGCUUGGUGAGGCCACUGCUUGCCAUACUCUUGCUCAUCUCGUUGCCUGUGCUGAACUGUGUCUACAUCACAGAUGAAGAGGCUGAUCUACUGGCUGAAACAGCUCAGGACAUCUUCUGCUUUUCUCGAACCUUUGAGGAUCUCACUUGCUUUUGGGAUGAACCAGCACAUGUGGAUGGGGCAUAUCGGCGCUUCUUCUAUACAUACAAAGGAGACAGAAGCCGAGAAUGCACUCUGCGGUCAGCAAAGCACAGUGAUGGAGGCUGGCGCCAUGUCUGCAUCUUCCCCAGGAACCAUCAGGAUAUUUUGCUCUUUGCAGAACUCCAUGUCGAGGUGUUAGACACCAUUAGUAAUCACACCACUCGCUCUCAGGAUCUCUCAGUGGCGUCUGUUGGUCUGAUUGCUCCACCAAUGAAUGUAACAGUGGCAUGGCCUGGAGUGGCACGACAGUUGCAUGUGACCUGGACCCUUCCACCUUUCCACUAUGCAGACUUCUUGACCUAUGAGGUUCUUUACAGUGCUGAAGGCUCCACCGAGCCACCAUCCAGGAUGGAAGUGAAGAACAGCCAUACAUGUCGCCUCAGAGACCUGCUCCCUGGGCACUGCUACCACAUCCAAGUGCGCACCAAGCCUGAUGGCCUCUCGCUAGAUGGGCUCUGGGGACCAUGGUCUCCAGUAGUAUUAGCAGAGACACCCCAUCUCCCUGAGGAAAUUGGCCUGCAGUGCUUCACUCCUGACCUACGCCAAUUGCGCUGCUGGUGGAAGUGGGAGACCACAGAGCCUGGCCCCUCUCAAAGCAUAUUGUACUGGGCAGAAGAGAACAGCAGAAAUUCAAGAAUGCAAACCUGGCAGAGGUGUGAAGGGAAAGAAGAGGAGAUUAAGCCCCACUAUGACCGCCAUAACCAGACAUGCACCUUCCAGCCUAGCAACACAAGUUAUAUCUCUGUCCUGGUGAUUCUCAGCCAAGGGCAGCAAGAAGUCAACUACUUGAAAGAGCCAUUCCAACUGCACCAUGUUGUACUCACUGCUCCACCAAGCAUCCUGCAAGUCACUGUAGACAGAGGUGUGCUAAAGCUGGAGUGGGCACCACCACUGGAAGAAUUAGCUGAACAUAUGGUGUAUCAGAUACAGUAUGCAGUGCAAGACACCUCAAAAUGGAAGACUCUGCAGGUGCAGUACUCAAACAGCAGUGAAAUUCAUCUGGCAACCGGGGGCCACUGCUGCCUUCAGCUGCGUGCUCAGCCAGAUGGACAGAAGUUCCAAGGGAACUGGAGUGUGUGGUCAGAACAUGUGUGCACUGAUGUCCCACCUGGUUCAGGUUCAACCAUCUUAAAUGUGACACCUGCUCUGUUGCUCUGUGCAGGGCUUGUAUUGGGGCUGGGCUGCAUCUUCAUGUCCAUUCACAGCAGUCUGAAACAAAAGCUCUGGCCGCCCAUCCCAGACCUUCACCACGUCCUGGAUGGAUUCCUUGAGGACAAUGGAAAGCACCAGGUAAAUGCUUUCUUCUGCAACAAAACUUUAGAGGACACACCUUUGACUUGCCUGCUUGAAGUCCUGUCUGAGAUACCCCUGGAAAUGCCUAGCAGUAGCCCUCUCCUAGAUAGUACUCAGCUGCACCAGACAGAAAGGGACAUCCAGGCUUCUUCACACUUGUACUACAUGGUGCCAAGUCCUAGCAAUCCCCAAGGGAAUAAUAAUGAAAAUGAGUAUUUUGGUGCCACUGAUGAUGGGCAUGACACACUCUCACUGCCCUUGGAACAUGAUCUACACAUAACUUCAGAACUGAAGGUCCAGCUAAGUAUCUUCACCUUGUUCAGCACACCACUUUGGGCUCCUGACACAAAAGAGGAAAGAAGAUGGGAAACUUCUGGGGACGAGUCUGUGUCUGCCACACACAUAUCAAACCAGUCUUACCUGCUCAUGGGCUGACUGGACAUGCUCAUUAGAGGGUGGCAACAAGAAAUGAUGUGGUUCUGUAGAUUUUUGCAGAAGAUAUUCUCAGCUGCUGCAUGGAAGGCAUUUUGCUAAUUCCUGCACAUUGAAUCUGUUUCCUGUCCUUAGCAGCUGACUGCAUUAGGCUGAGGGAUAAGAGUAAAAACUGAAUGGGAGAUAUACCUACAUGGCAACUGGUAUUCAAGGUCCAUCAUAUAUAUUUCCAAAUGCAGUGCAAUUCCUAAGAAACUACACCCUAUUGAUUUACCCAUUUGAUUUUUAUAGCAUGAGAGCCAGAGAUAGCUGCAAAAAGCCACUUAGGACUUUCCACAACAUAGAGAAGUAAAAUGGUCGUUGCAUGGGAUGUUAUGCUGAUUAUGAGAGCCAAUCACAGCAAUAUGUGGUGAGCAUAGGAAUGUAUAUAAUCUGUGGCUUAGUCUUAAUGUGAUAACUCAC